AAAAUGAGAGAAUUUUGUUUUAAGGGCUGUCAAGGUUAAGUGGCAACUUCUGGCCUAUCAGCUGUCUGUCGGCAAAACAGCUGAUUGUCACCUAUGGCGUGUGAUGUACUCUUCAGACUAAAUAGUCUGGAAGCAAAGCGAAUAAAUAUGUUGAGAUUCCCAAGUUUAUAAACACCUCUGUUUAACAAAUAUGUGCAUUGUAUAAUCUCACACUAAGAGUGAUCUUUAGUGCAUACAAACAGCAUAGAAUAAAUACCCUAACUACAUUCAACUCCGAAUCUAAUCAAGUAUGAUUGAUAGUGCUGGGUCGGAAGUCUUAACUAUUUUAAACCCUAAGUUAUGCAGCAGUAAUCAAGGUUCGAACGCUCUCCAAUAUGUAUGUCGGUUCAUUCUGUCUCAGCAGGCCAAAAUCUAUGGUGGGAUAUUUGAUUACAUAGAUGGCUCUAAUAUCGAAAGGCAUGAAACUAAUAAAGAUGAGGGAACUAAAGCUCUUACAAUGGCAAGUUCUUACAUCUUAAAGCUUAUCUAUUUAGAACGACUCCCGUAAUGAUUCGUGGCGAAGUCCACAAUUCAAGAAAUCUAUAGUAACCAUCGAAACACUUGUCAUCGGAGAAAAUUGUUUAGAACACUGUGGAGACAAUAAGAUCCCGGUCUGUGUUAUGGAACAAUGGACAGUGAAACUAAUCCCUCAAAACUUUUCAAACAGAGGUAUCUCGAUUUCUGGUUGUCAGCUUGAGCUCUUGGACUUCAUAGAAAAAUCUCCUCUAAUGACUGCGAUUAAAGACCUCAGUCGCGUUCGCAAAUAUAAGAUAACACACAGAUCUUAUGCACGUGACCCUGUUUCUUGUAUAGGUGAUUCAUUUCUUAUGAAUGCUUCAGAUUUAUUGAAUAUGGACUUCACUUCUGAUGAUCUAAAUACGUAUGUUCAGUCAUUCUUAACUGAAGAUGGUUGUUGUUAUGAAAGUGCCUCAAAUACGGUUUCGAAAAUUGCCCUCCAGAAUGGGACUGAAUGCACUAUUACACGAGAUUUCACACCUUUAUCUGUUAACGAAACAACACUCUUACAUAUUAGUGCUGUAACAUUAAAACAUCCACCUCAGCAACCUCCGUCGUGUCCAUUUUGUCUUCGCUCAAUACGUACAGUAAACAAAGAUGAUUUCGUUAUGCCUGGUCGUAACAAACGUAUUUCACCUUCAAAAACCCUCACAGAUAUCAAUAUUUGCUCAGAAGAUGAUACAUUCAUAUUACCUGCAAUACAGGGAAAUGGUAAUGUCCAUCAACGGAAUUUCCUAAACUGUUCUAAAGAAUCUGAUGUAGAAACUAGUCGAAGUCCUGCUGUUAUAAUGGACUCUGAAGAAGCUAUUUUUCAGUCUUCAUAUGACAAUCUCUUCAACGACAUCCUGUCAUCCAGUUCUUCAGGGAACUGCACAGAGUCAGGUCACUCAACGUUAACAAAGAAGUCAACUCGUGUUGUCGAAUCUAAUCGGGUAUCACAAAUGCCUUUAGAACCACCUCCCCGUAAACAACAGCGUGUCAGUGAUUACACUCAUGAUGUUACCACUGAAAACCAAGAGUUAGAUAAUACCAGUCAGGUAUCCACUUCCGUUACCAGCAUCCCUACUAUAACUCCAAGUAUUCAACGUGAAGGUUGCAUCAAUAAGGUAAUUGCGGAAUUCACCAUGCUUAAUGUAGAACGCAAUCAAAGUAUAAAUUCUGUUGAACAUCAGAAUUCUUGUAAUCCUGGUGUAAUGCGCCUACCGACAGAUGAUUUGUGUUCAAGGGAAACUGUACAAGACAACAGGAAAAAACAAGAGCACACUUUAGAAUCGCAUUUAAAUGCAAGCAAAAAGAACUCACUGAAUUCUGAUUUUGAUUCGGUAUCAAGAUUGAGCAGGAGACGGAAUGCUGCUUCUGCAUGUGCUUGGCCUUCAUUUCACAAUGAAGGAACUCCUUUCUUCAAUCGUCGGACAGGUUUACCUUUACAGUCAUCUCCAGUACCUCUCAAAAGAAGUACAAGUGGAAAGUUCGAUUUUGACUCGUCGUUUAGCCGUUUGAAAACGUCUCGAAGUUCUAUUUGUAUGGUCUACAAUCAUAACUUAAGAAGUUCCAGUGAAAUCGCCGAUAGCUAUGUUAAAGGAAAUCAGUCAGUGGAAAAGACUUCUGAGCUGAAAAAUAUCAAGUCGGUAUCCGGAGUCAAUAAUACUGUUCCUGUCAAUAUUAUUACUAGUACAGUUGACAGUACAGAUAGUAAUGAUAGCUGUGGUACAAAAAAUGGUUCGUCUAACAACAAUAAUGAUAGCAACAACAACAACAACAAUAAGCCAAAUCAGAGUGUUUCAUUUCGUCGUCGACCAUCCAGUUUACGAUUCACUCCUCAGCAUCAAGACCAGUCAGCUGAAGCAGCAUUUGAACGUGGUGGAAGUAGCCGGUUGACAGUAGCUGCAAGACGACGUAAUUAUCCCGGGGAAAUGGAUUCAAUUGAAUUGAGUUGUAGUGCACCACCUUCGGGAAGUCGUGGUUUUCAAAUAUCUACAAGUUUAACUGAUCGAUUGGCUAACACUAUGGCUUGUACACCUGUGCCACAUGGUAGUUCACAGCAUUUAUUGGUUAACUUCGAAGAAAGUAUGCUCAAUGGUAGAAUACAUCCAGUUGGUCAAGUUGAAGGCUUUUCUUUAGAACUGGGCGCCAGUGGUUCAUUCUAUCCAAAUCAUGUUCGCCUUCCUAUGAAAGCCUACUUCUUUGACUUGUCUGAUGAUAAUGCUCCAUCCCCGUAUCUUGGCUAUGCUGAUCUCAGACAAUUGCCUAGUAAUAAAGGUUAUCAUAUACCGAAAAAAGGUUCAAUUCAACUGACUUUAUUCAACCCGACUGGUCUAGUGGUCAAAAUGUUUGUCAUUGUAUAUGAUUUAGAUGAUAUGCCACCGAAUUGUCAAACUUUUUUAAGACAACGCACAGUCUAUAUGCCAAUACAACAGAAUCAAUAUCCAAUGUCGGAGCCAACCACUGUCUCGUCUCUUUCUCCGACUUCUUUAUCAACCCCAUCCACUUGUCAACAUCAUCAUAAUUCAUAUAAUCGUGCGUAUAAUCCAGUUCGUCAUCAGUAUACACGUACGUCUACGGAUUAUUUAACUCCUGCUACACAUCCUACUACUACAACUACUGCUGCUUCCACAUUUGCGAAUGCUUCAACUGAUCUUUUCUGGAGUAGUACACCGCAUAAAUCGUUAACUGAACCAAAUACCCCGUUGUUUUCUUCAUCACCUUCAUGUUCCUGCUCAUCAAUAUCAUCUGUGUGCUCAUCAAGUCCGUAUGGUUCACAAAGUGCUGUGUACCCGGGUACACCGAAUUCACGUAAUGAACUACCUGCAUAUCUGCGUUACCUCGUUCAUCUAAGAUUUCAUACAACCCGUUCUGGUAAACUCUAUCUACACACUGAUCUACGCUUAAUAUUUUCAAGAGAUAAAUUUGAAUUUGAUCCACGUGUUGCUACCUAUGAACUGCGUUCAUUUGUCGAUGCACCAUCGAAUCCACGUUAUUCACCUAAAAAAUGGUCAACACGUCAUACAUCAACAAAACAUCAUCGGAAAACAAUGAACACAUCUGCCUCCUAGCCAGCUAGCUAGUUAGUUAGUCAGCUAUCCAGCUGACUAGUUUGAUUCCUCAUUCAUACAUUUUCUUUUUGUCUCAAUGCUGAAGCAAAUUGAAUUAUUUGAGCAAAACUGCACAAUGGCUGUUUUUAUUGACCCCCCACCUCUUCUAUUCAGAGGAACUAUGAUUCUCUUUUUAGUAAUGUGAAAAGAGAUUUCAAGAGUGAUAUAAACUAACUGCCUAUUUUCUUAGACAUACUUAUACUUUACUUGUUUACUUAUGUUUACUCGUUUGUUUGUUUAUUUGUAUGUUUAUUGGUUUGUAUGUAUGUAUGUAUGUGUGCUCGUUUGUCUGUUUAUUUAUUAUUUUGUUGGUUUGUUUAAAUUAUUUAUUUUCCUACUGUGAUACAACCAUUUCCAAUAAAGUAUAUUUUUGGGUUUCUCAUACAUUGAAGCGCAUAUAUACAUACAUAGACGCAUGCUUAUGCACGCGUAGACAUACAUAUACACACACACGCGCGUAAAUGCCAUUGCCUAAUUUGCACAUGUGUAUUUGUGUUUGGUGGAGCCCCUUCUCUACCUGAAGAACAUGUUAAUUUUACAACCAAACUAACUGCCCAACUAAGUAACUAACUAUCUGUGAAAUAAUGUCAUAAUGUCUUUCUAUCUAUCUAUCUAUACUUGUGCAUAUAUUAUUGUGGUUAGUUCAUUCAAAUGCGCGCCUUUGUGUUUGCAUUAAUUUACGAUAUACAUAUAAAAUACGCAUAAAUACACCUAUAAUAUGUCAGCUGCUGUAGAGAGAGAGAGAGAGAGAGAGAGACAGUAGCAUAGCGAGUGUGUGUGUGUGUGGAAAUUGACUAUUUGCCUAUAAUUUAAUCCUGGUGAAGACAGGAAUUUUUCAAUUUACAAAGAGUUAUUGAUGUGUACAUAUAUAUAAUAUAUUAACAUUAUCUAUCCCUGUGUCUCUUAGCUAUCUUUUCUACCUUAACAACAGUAACUUACUUAUUUAACCAAUGGCUACACCAUAUUCCUAUAUUGAAAUUCCAUUUCAAUGAUUUUUCUGAUCAGCUGAUAAACGCGUCACACACAUACUACUUACUAGUCAGUCAUAUUCAUCUAUGAAAAAAGCGAUGUUGCCAGUACUUGCAGUGAUAGUGUUUUUUCCCCUUGAAACUUCAUUAUUUUGCCUGCCUUUCUCUCUGUGAUUUUCUUUUUGUUGUUGUAAUUUCUAACUUUAUGUCUGUGUGUGUGUAUGUGUAAGGCCCACGUGGUCGGUCCACUUGUCUUUAUAAUAAUAUGUAUAUGGGGUUGUGCUCAUAGUGGUGUUAUUCUGUUGAUGUCUUCAACAGGUAAUUGUGAUACACAGUAUUCUGCCUUUUCAGUUCAGUUGGACGACGGCGGCGGCGGCAACGGAGUGUGUGUGUGUGUGGUGUAAAUUCAACUAAUGUUUAUUCAAUUCAAUUCGAUUUCUGCUUUUACUUUUAAGAUGUGAAUGCAUGUAUAAAUGCUGGCAAUCUGUUUACUUUUAAGCAUGGUUUCUUGUUAUUAUUACUUAUCUUUUUUCUUGAGUACGCUUGAGUCUGUCUAUUUGAGCAUAAUUCAAGUUCUCUAUCUCUCACUUUCUCUGUGUGUGUGUCUCUCUCUCUCCCUUCACAUCUUUCUUUCUUUCUUCUCUUAUCGAAAAUUAUACCAAUUUUUCUACAAUGCUCUUUAAUGAGUAUAGUAUAUGUUUUCACCUAGUGAUUACUAAUAUUGUUACUACUAUUUUGAAUCAUAUCAUUGAUCAUUUGAGCUGUUCACUAAUGAAUGAGUAGUCAUUGAUGAUGAGUAGUAUAGUUGUGUUCUCAGCAUACACAUUCAAUUUGUUUGUUUUUUCCGUUUUGCAUAUUCUUUAUUCUUGUUUCUUUCCUUUUUUUCUUUGAGUUCUACUCACACACAUGCGUGCGCUCGCUCACACCUACCCACCCACACACUCUGUUGGAGUAGUCUUUCUUUCGAUACCUGUUUUUGCACACACACACACACCCCUCAUGUAUCAAAGUGUGUGUGUGUGUUCGUCGGCCAUUAUUGUGAACUCAGAAACCGUUAGUGGAAUCAGUCAAGACUAACACUAAUGCGUGAUCGCGUACUACCGACUGUUCUCAUUGUUCUUCCUAUUUGAAAGAAAAAAGCAACUUCAUUUUUUAAUUUUUAAUAUUUUGGUUUUUUUGUUUUGUUUUGUUAUUAUUUGCUGUAUAAUUCAAUGCCUACCUUAUUUACUAUUAUUAUUAUUAUUAUUAUUACUAAUCAUGGCUGUCCCGUGGGGUGUGGGUUUACCCCUCUGUGCGUAUAUGUGUGCGUGUUUGUGUGUGGAAGAAAGUGCACUGAUGACUGAUCUGUGUUCAAAUAGUAUAGUUAGUUGUGUUGUGUCUGUGUGUAAGCACAACUAACUCACCUGCUGCAUCUGUGUUCUUCGAGUGAUUUACUUGUUUUUCUGAUUUUUUCUUUCUUUGUGUUCUCUGUUUCUUUGUUGGUUUGUUCACCUAUUUUAAAAACUUUCUUCUUCAUCCCCCCCUCUCUCUCUCCAGGUUUUUGUUCUUUAUAUAUAAAGAGGAGUAAAAUAGCAGUAAUAUUGAUGACGAUAAUAAUAAUAGUAAUAACAUUAUUUAAUAAUAAUUGUAAUAAUAUUGAAAGAGAGCAUAUAUAUAUAUAUAUAUAUAUAU